AACUACGUGUUGAGCUUGGAGCCUUUAACCAGCCAGCAUCCCAGAGGAACUUUGUCCUGGCUUUUUUAUCUGAAGGAAACAAGCCGCUUUCUCAGCCGACGCAGGUUUGUCAACUUUCGACCUCAAUCGAUUGUUUUCCGCUCGCAGAAGAUACACGUUUUGUCUUUAAUGAGGUCUGAUAUCUGCGUGGAAACAGAUGAUAUUUGAACCCACCAAAAGUAGCGGAGAGAGAGGAGGUGGGUGUUGGAUACAAGGCUGUUUGUCUUCCGUUCUUCUUGUUUUAUGCAGUGUUGUUUUGUUUGGAUUAUAGUUAAUAAAGCCGCAAACUGAAGCAUUUAAAAAAAAUACAAAAUCUGAUGAACAUUUUAAGGACGAUUUUUAAAUUUUGACCAGAGAGUUUUUAAGGAAACUUUACUCGAGCUUAUAUCUGAAGAUAGCAUUAGUAAAUGUGAAACAAUGGCAUUGAAAGCCAAAGUAUUGUAUGAUUUUCACGCUGAAAACCCUGGAGAGAUUUCCAUAGCAGAGAAUGAGUUGGUGACUCUGUUCAGUGAGGAGGAGUUGGAGGGCUGGCUUGAGGGGGAGAACAGCAAAGGGGAGGUUGGCCUCUUUCCUGCCUCUUAUGUUGACAUCAUCAGGGACCAAAUUACCCCCAGUGCAAGCAACAACGGCUAUUCCUCGCCCAAAACCAUAACCCAAUCCCCCAGUCACAGCUCGUACGCGUCGCCAGAUUCCCACUCCCAGAGGAGGUUUAAAGGAGGGAGCAGCUUCAACACCAGCCAGGGCAGCGACGAUGAUUGGGAUGACGACUGGGAUGACAGCUCUCCUGCUCAGUAUGAGCCUCAGGGUUUAGGCACCACCCCUCCCUUGUACCCGGUCACCACCUCGCUGCCAGGUCGGGGGACCAGCCAGCAGCAGCAGCAACAGCAGGCCAAGAGCUCGGCUACAGUUGGGAGGAACCUCAACAGGUUCUCCACCUUUGUCAAGUCUGGCGGAGAGGCGUUCUUGCUCGGGGAGGCCUCUGCUUUUGUCAAAGACGGGGACAGGAUCUGUGUGGUGAUGGGGAAGUAUGGACCAGAGUGGCAGGAGGACCCUUACCCAUUCACAUGUACCAUUGACGACCCCACGAAGCAAACCAAGUUCAAAGGCAUGAAGAGCUAUAUGUCUUAUGGCCUCACCCCAACGCACACUAAUAUACAAGUCAACCGCAGGUAUAAACAUUUUGACUGGCUUUAUGCUCGGCUCGUUGAGCGCUUCCCUGUAAUCUCGGUACCCCACCUGCCAGAGAAGCAGGCUACGGGCCGCUUUGAGGAGGACUUUAUCUCUAAGAGGAGGAAGGGUCUCAUCUGGUGGAUGAACCACAUGACAAGUCACCCCGUCCUGGCCCACUGUGAUGUCUUCCAGCACUUCCUGACCUGCGGGGCCGACGAGAAAGCUUGGAAAAUGGGCAAGAGAAAGGCAGAGAGGGACGACUUGGUUGGCGCAAACUUCUUCCUAACAAUCAGCACGCCAGUCGUCCCCCUGGACCUUCAGGAAGUCGAGAGCAAGAUCGAGGGCUUUAAGAGCUUCACCAAGAAGAUGGACGAGAACAUUGUUGUGGUGAACACGUCCAUCAACGAGUUUGCCCGCAAGCAGAUAACAGGCUUCAAAAAGGAGUACCAGAAGGUUGGACAGUCCUUCAAGCAUCUGGCGCAGGCGUUUGAGCUGGAUCAGCAGGUCUACUCAGCAGGCCUGAACAAAGCCAUCUCCUACACCGGAGAGGCAUACGAGGCCAUAGGGGAGUAUUUUGCAGAGCAGCCGCGGCAGGACCUGGAACCCAUUUCUGAUCUGCUGGACCUCUACAGAGGACAUCUAUCCAAUUUCCCUGACAUCAUCCAUGUGCAGAAAGGUGCCCUGACCAAGGUGAAAGAUUGUCCAAAGAAGGAGGGCGAGCUCCACGACCGCUGCAACAUCAUUUCCUGUGCCACACUAGCAGAAAUCCAGCACUUCCACCGCACGCGUGUGCGGGACUUCCGGAUGCAGAUGCAGCAUCACCUGCGCCAGCAGAUCAGCUUCUUCCAGAAGAUCACUGCCAAGUUAGAGGAUGCCUUGCACAAAUAUGACAAUGACCAAUAGGACAGGACCAAGUAAGGAAAGAGGUUGGGAGUGCUAGCCUGAAGGAGAUUGAAGAAAGCUUUAGUACAAAAUCAAAGGAUUGAUGAUCGACAUCUUAGCAUUUAAAAGAAAAAGGAAAAAAAACAAACUUGAAGAUGUGAUGGAUCUUCCAUCUGGCAUUCUGGAAGGUGUGCAUCUGCAAAAAUAGCCACAGGACAACUUGUGGGAUUAUCUGGAGAGCUGUGAUGAGCGUACCAGUUCCAGGGAUUUUGUGAACACUCCAUGCAACAUUUAAAGCAGCUCUCGUUGUGCCGGAGCCUGCUGUUUGAAUCAUGAUUUCUGGGUCAUCUCACUGUCUCCUGCUUCUUCCUGAAGGGAUGUGGGUCUAAAUCAACAUAAAACACAGACAAAAGACUUCCCAAACAGCCUAUAUUGAAAUCUAAGUUAACAUUUGUAAUCCUUAUCCCAUGUAUAAGUUUUACUUGAAUAACCUACUCAGUAUUGUUGGAAUGUGCAGUUUGGAGAAAUUCAAACAUUUUGUUAAAAUGAAAUAAAAUCUUAUCUCUUGGACAAUUCA